AAUUUUUGUUCUGUGAAAUUGAAUAUUGAGCAGUGUUGUGUUUGGAUCCGUCUCUUUAUAUCUUCGUCGUGGCAAUGAAUUUGAAGAAUGUUCAAAUUUUAACGUAGUUGGCAUGUUAGCACCAAAUAUACGACAUCCUAAGGAAGUAACUGUAAGAGUACUUAAGGCUGAAAACCUUCGGGUGGCUCCACGUUCUGACCACAAACAAAAAAAAGUUAGUCACAAAUGGAAAGUAGUUGUUCUGGGUGGAAAGAAAAAAGUCACCUCAGAAGCUGUGUUUGCACCGGAUGGCAAUCCUAUAUGGAAUUUCGAAACAACAAUUAAAAUUGCAACACGUGGAGACCCGGUUGUACUCUUAAUUGCGGACUCUGAAGACAACCAUGCAGGUCAAGUGGUUGUUUCUGGGGCGGCCAUUCCACCAAAAAUAACAGACUCUUCCGUUGGACCUACUGACAGUUCUCGACUAUGUAUCAUGGAUAUGGAGCAAACAAAGAAGACAGAAGUUGGCUUCGGAAGAUUGUAUUUUUGGAUUUGGGUGGAGGAGUAUCGCAGCGAAGAGUCGAAAAGUAAAAGUUCCAGGGGCUCUGUUUUAAGCUUAUCAAGCUUGCAUCAUAAAGACAAAGCAUCAAUACCUAACUCACUAAAUUAUAGCGGCAGUGUAAUAAGUCUGUCUUCCAAUCAUGGUGAUUCAAAGGAUAAAAAAUCGUGGUAUAAAAAGAAAGCAUCACAGGCUCUGCAUGCAGCAGCUUCACUGUCGUCCGCUCGCUCACCCGUAAUUCCCGUAUCUAAUAAAAAGACAGUGAUCAGUGGAUAUAAUCCAUUCGAUUAUUAUCUUCAAAGUCCUCAUGACGAUGUUGGUGUGAUUGAUGAGAAAGAUGGAAGUGUACUAGGUGCUUAUAGUGAAUUAACGGGCAGUGAUUUUAAUCCACUAGCUCGACAAUCACUUCAUUUCACCAAUGACAAACCAAUUAAUCCUUCGUCACCGUUAUCAACUGUAAGUCAAUCUAUCCAUCCGCAACCACCACCUUCAGAACAAAAUGGCAAACUACUGUCUUCCAAUAUAGUUGAUAACUCUCUAGAUAUAAAUGAACCAUCAAAACCUAGACCAGAAUUAAUCAGAAUAGCUCCAAAAUGCGGUCCAUCUUCGGGUGGUACUGAACUUACAGUUUACUGUCGUAGCCUUACUAAUAAAAAUAUGCAAGGAGCUUCUGUUUUUGUUGAUGAUCAUGAAGUUUCUCGACAAGACUGGGUUUUUCAAGAAUCUGAUCAACCUGAUCGCUCUCAACUUCGUAUUCAUAUGCCUGCAUUACCAGCUGGACGAUAUCCUAUUUGUGUUAAUACUUCAGAAUUUGGUCAAAUUCGUUGCAAACAAGAGUUCACUUACUUACAAUCUAAUACAAAUCCAGUUUCAUCCCCUGCAAGCAGCUUGUUUGAUUCAUCAAUGAAUGAAUCGUCAAAUAAUAAACCUAUAACUAUAACACCAAAAUCGAAAAAUAUUGAUGCAAAUGGUGGUGUUAUAUUCAAUCGUACAGGAUCACAAACAAGUAAUUUAAUCCUGGUUGAUAGACGUAGUGGUCGUCGGGAUCGUAUAAAACGACCUGAAGUAUUAGGAAGAUCAGAUUCAUUGAGUAGUUCCACUUUAGAAGUAUCAUCUCAUAUGGAGGCAAAGAAUAAUCCAGGAAAUGCUGCACUAGUCAUCAAUUCAAAUGUCAAUGGUGGUUUAAACAAGAAUCAAGGUAAACUCGUCGUAACUAAUUCUAAUGAUUCACCUGUGUAUGAUGAAACUAUUAAAAGUCCUGUUACAAUAAAAGUUUCAAAGGCUAUUCAUUCUGAGCCUACACAUUUUAUUCGUGUUGGUUCACAAAAGAGUGAGUUACUGCUACAAGAUCGACGUAGCAAACGAGGUAAUCGUCGUUUGCCAGUCAAAAUGGUGGGAAAUGAUGCUGAAGAAGUAGACAGUUCAUCACAUGACUUACAAAAGUUGAAUUCAACAUCUAUAGUUUCGUCGACUAAGUCUACAAACGAUACUAAUUUUAUGGACAAUCAGUUAUUUUUGAAUAAGCCAGAAAAGAAUAUAGUUAAAACGGAAAUCUCUUCUCCUGAUCUUCUGUCAGAAGCUUCUCAAUUCAAUCCACUUUCUGAUACUUAUGAUAUUUCGACUCCAUUAUCUCUUUGUGAGGAAUUUUCUGAUCAGCUAACAGAAUCACAAAUGAAUUAUUCUAGUACAAUAAAUGGAAAGAUGAUGUCAAGCGAAGUUUUACCUCCACUAACUAAAACACCAUUAACUUAUGGGAAUUUCAGUGAUUCAAUUGAUGAAGUACAUACUUGUUCAACUACUCAAAAGUCUUCCGAUCACUUUGGAACUCUGAUUAACGAACAGCGAGAUACUAUCUCAGCGAACGCUGGUUGGAAAGAAAAAGGAGAAGAAAAAGAGGAAGAAGCAUACUUAUCCUUUUCAAAUACUACUCAUGAUCGUGAAAGUUUUGUAUCACAAAAAGGACGUCCUACCGGUGAAUCAGAAUUAGGCGGUUCAACAUUGAAUUCACCUGAUACUAUGCCGAAAACUUUACCACCAUUUAAACGUAAUGAAUUAAACAAACAAGAUAGUUUCUCUAAAAUAAGAAAUAAUACAAAAGAAUCAUCACUACUAAAGGUGAAUAAUACAAAUAAAAUAAAUCAACAGGUUAACAAAACACCAAAACAUUCUAGUAGUACACUAGAACCUUUAAGCAAUUUACAUAAUCAAUUAAAUGAAGACACAGAAUUGGAAACUACCUCAGCUAUGUCUGCUGAUACUAACCAAACAGUAGAAUUCAAUGAAUUGUCAAACGACAUCGUAGUUCAGAUCGCAGUGCUGCUUCUGGACGAUCUAAAAGUAUUAUGGAGCCGUUGAAGAUGAGAGUUUACGAUUAGAAAAUGAAGAUUCUCAGCUGAAUCACUCCUAUACGUCGCCUAGGUUACUAGCUGGUAGCAAGCCGGGAAUAGCCAGAAGGUUGGGUAUGAAGCCAGCAACCCUACCUGAUAAAACCACAAGCCCUACUGAGACUUCAGAACUCGAACUUGAAACCUUAUGUCCCAAAUGAAACGCAACAGAAUGCGAAAAACCCAAUUCAGCUUGCUCGGUCAUUGUGAUUGAUGGGUCUACUAAAAAAGGAAUUGAAUUUCUUCUCAGUAUUAUUAUCAUAAAAUAAUUUGGUCAAUAUUAAAUGAUUAAUUAACAAUUUAUAAAUAUGUUCUUCUUCAUCUUUGUUUAAAUUUAGCUUUACGUUCAAUGUUAAAUGAUGCUAAUCACUUGAUUAGUACAAUUAAAUCGCACACAUUAACACUUGAAACACAGCUGAGUGAAAAAGCUAAUGAUAUUGAUCGAUUAUCUAGAGAAUUAUGCAAUCUAAGAAAUCGUCUACUCAUUGACGGAUUAACGCAAUAUUUGGAACGAGCUUAAAACACACACGCGCACACAGUCACACACGCAUAGAGAAGAAACAGGAUUAUAUAUGACAAAUUAUACAUGAUUGAUAACACUAUUACCACUACUAUUACUACUACAACAACUAUUUUUUACUAUUAUUAUUAUUAUGAUUAUUUGAAGCAAGCGAAUUAGAGUCAAUUCACACUAACUUGCUGAUUGACAAUAAACUGCCUAAUUCAUUAUUCAUUAUUCUGUGAUUGGCUCAUUCGCCUUUCCUUUGUGCCCUCCUCCACCAACACCAUGCUGUCUUUUGUUUCUUCAAUUCACCUAACACUGAACUUUUACUACUAUUAUUAUUAUUAUUUGCUCACGUAUUAUAAAACCUCUUUUGAUCAGUUUUAUGAUUAUUAUCACUUUUGUUUAUCGCUUGUUUGCCGACAUUAUUAUUAUUCAUUGUGUUCAUCAGGCAUUUACUUAUGCUGUUCAUCAUUGACUCAUCCAUUCUCAUAUGUGUGUAGGUGCGAUUUCGUUUUAUACAUUGAGAUUACCACAUACUCAUCUCUUCUUCUUCUCUUACCUGCUUACUUACUUAAUGAUAACUUCCAUUCUCCAGCAUUGUUCUAUGUUCAAUUUGUUACAAUUCACUUGUUCAAUGUUUCAAUUUAAGAUGUAAAGAUGUUGUUUUAUCCUCAGAGAACAUAUAUAGACCGUCUUGUUGUUGUUUUUCCCUCUCUUUUUCUCCUUUGAUAGCUUAAAUACUUUAGACGUAUUUCCAAGUUGAAGCAAAAAGGGGAGGGGAUGUUUGUGAUGUGUAUCAAUGAGAACUAACUAUUCAUUGUUUUUACUCGUCAUUUUGUUCACUCGUUAACAGUGCCUAACACAUUAGUGACAUUAAUUCUUUUAUAUUUUUUAUCCUCUGGGGGCCUUUACAAAGCCUUGAUAUUCUUGUGCUUUUUAAAAUACUUUUUAAUCAGAUCUUCCAGCUAAGUGUUGGGUUUUUUUUUAUUUGCGUGUGUUUAACCUACAGAUAGAGUUCAAAUAUCAUACUACUUAUUUGCCAAAAAUAAUAAUUAUCACUAAUAAUAAUAAAGUCACAAAAAUAAAACGUUUUAGGCGUAAAGUGAACUACAUAUCAUACAAAAACUUUCAAAGUCUGUUUUGUUUGAAAGAGAACGUGAAAAACUGAUCUCUCUCCAUAUACAUAUAUUUAUUUAUACUGUAUACGUACGUAUAUGCAUAUAUAUGAUAAAUAUAAAAAAAAACUAUUUUGAAUUUUUAUGAGACACAUUUAUUGAUUUCUUUGUUUGUUUGUUUGUAUGUCUUUUGCUAUUCUGAGUUAUUCAUAUUAAUAAAAGUAAUAAUAAUAAUAAUAAUAACUAUCACAGUGUAUACUGCUUUAGUUACAUAUUUGCUUAUUUGAU